AUGUCAGAAGAGGAUCUCAUGGUUUUCCUUGGCCUCAUCGUGUACAUGGGCCUGGUUCCUCUCCCUAGUAUAGUUGACUUCUGGGCCGUGAAGACCAGGAUUCCUCAAGUUGCAGACUUCAUGUCCAGGAACCACUUCAAGGCAAUUCGAUCUUCCCUUCACUUCAGCGACAAUGACCAGGCAGCUGCAUCUCAAGAUCGGUUCUUCAAGGUGAGAGUCCCCUUCACCAAGGUCACCAGAGAGUUCCUGAAAGUUCCUGAGACUCCUAUCCACUCCAUUGAUGAAGUGAUGGUCGCCUAUAAGGGCACAAGGGCUGGUAACCUUCGCCAGUAUGUCGCAAAGAAGCCUGAUAAGUGGGGCUUCAAGUUGUUCUGCCGCUCCAGUGUGGAUGGGUUUGUGCAUGAUAUUCUCAUGUACCAAGGGGAGACAACCUUUGUGAGCCACCAUACUAUGCUAUCUGAAGAGGAGAAAGCCAUGUCUGUAACUUCCAAGUUUGUUGUCGCCUUAGUGAAUACCAUCAAGGACCCCAGAAACUCAGCAGUGUAUGCAGACAACUACUUCACAAGUAUAGGGUUGGCCAAGUACCUGAGAUCACAGUAUGGAUGCCGAUGGAAGGACAACAGCGUUGUGACAAUCUUGUCCUCUGAUGUUGGUGUGGAGCCCAUGGGAACAGUGGAGCGGUACGACAGGGCAGCCAAGAAGAAGGUUCCCAUUCCUUGCCCAUCUGUCAUCCAGAUGUACAACAACCGCAUGGGGGGCAUUGACAAGAGUGACAUGUUGACACACCUGUACAGGACCCCCUUCAAAGCAAAGAGGUACUACAUGAGGCUCUUUGCUUACCUCCUUGACUUGAUCAUCUGCAAUGCCUGGAUUUUGUACAAGAGGGAUUGCCUGGCUUUGCAGGAAAACCCCAAGCCGCUCAAGGACUUCCGUCUGGAUAUCUCCAAUUGGCUCAGAAGCUUCAAGUCGUCAACCUUCAGAAUAACCAGGAAUUCUCUUGGCACCAGAGAUUUUGCUUUGCCAAGAAGGGGCCAACGGGCAGUUGUGCCAAGUAUUGAGACACGCCAGAAUGCCACUGCCCUACACAUGCCAAAGCAUGUCUCCAUGAGGCAGACUUGCAAGUUCUGUUCUGGUGCAGGCCACAUUCACAGAUCCCGCUGGAUGUGUGAGGAUUGCAAGGACCCUCUGUCCCCCUAG